CUAAUUUCAAACUGCGUCAAGGUGCCUUGUGUUUUGCAGGGAACACGAACCCAAACAUGGAAGAUAUUCUUUCUGUUGAUGAAGAGCCGAGGCUAGAGGAGCUCAAUGCACCCAUCAUAUCUGACAGCAUAUCUGAGCCGUCUCCAGAAACACCAAAUGGCGUGAAGACGGAGGCUGACGAAUCGAGUCCCCCUAAAGAAAAACAUGAUGGUAAAGACAAGUCUUCCGGAGGUAGAAGAGGAAGCCGCUACCAUCCUUACAAAGACAAACACAGUGGCGAAAAGAAAGGUGCUCAUAGGAACCAGGUGUUCAUCAGCAACAUUCCCUAUGACAUGAAAUGGCAGGCAAUCAAAGAUCUCAUGCGUGAGAAAGUCGGUGAGGUUACAUACGUGGAGCUCUUUAAGGAUGCUGAAGGAAAGUCAAGGGGCUGUGGUGUGGUGGAAUUCAAAGAUGAGGAAUUUGUGAAAAAGGCCAUAGAAACUAUGAAUAAAUAUGACCUGAGUGGAAGGCCCCUCAACAUCAAAGAGGACCCUGACGGAGAACAUGUCCGACGUGUGCUGCAGCGCAUGGGAGGAGGUCGGGGACAGGACAUGGGACCUGGUGGAAUGAAUAUCCCACCCUCAAUCGCCAACAAUCCCAACAUCCCACAUGAAAUCAAGCAUGCAUUGCAAGCAGGUCGACUGGGCUCUACAGUGUUUGUGGCCAAUCUUGAUUUCAAGGUGGGCUGGAAGAAGCUAAAGGAAGUGUUUAGCAUGGCAGGUAUGGUAAAACGGGCCGACGUCAAGGAGGACAAGGAUGGCAAGAGCCGUGGAAUGGGUACUGUGACUUUUGAGCAGCCACUGGAGGCUGUGCAGGCCAUAUCAAUGUUCAAUGGACAGAUAUUGUUUGACCGACAGAUGCACGUUAAAAUGGAUGAGAAAUCCCUGCCCCCUGAUGAUUUUCGCCAAGUUGAUAAAACACCUCAAUUACCACGAGGCCUGUCUGGUAUUGGUAUGGGACUGGGACCAGGAGGGCAACCUAUUAAUGCAAACCAUCUGAGCAGUGGAGGAAGCAUGGGCUCCAUGGGCCCAGGAGGUAUGGAUGUUCAAGGUUACGGUGGAAUGAACAGAGGGGGAAUGGGUGCUGGUGGAGGCUUUGGAGGGAUGGAUAAUAUGGGCAACAUGGGUAACUUUGGAGGAAGAGAAAUGGCCCCGAUGGGCAGAAUGGGUGAUAUGUACCGGUCAAGAAUGGGCGGAAUGGAUUUUGGCAGUGAUAUGCCAAUGAAUCGAGGAUUUGGAGAUUCAUUUGGAGGAAUGGGUGGUGGCAUGGGUGGUAUGGCGAUGGAUCGCAUGGGCUCAGGCUUUGACCGCAUGGGCAUGUCCGGAAUGGACAUGAACCGCAGCUUUGGAGGCUUUGGAGGCGGUGGUCCGAGUCACAUGGGUGGAGGCAUGUCCGACAGGGGCUCCGGGUCCAAAGUAGGCUGUCAGAUAUUUGUGCGAAAUCUCUCUUAUGAUCUUACCUGGCAAAAGCUUAAAGAGAAGUUCAGUCACUGCGGCCAGGUAAUGUUUGCAGAGAUCAAGAUGGAGAAUGGCAAGUCAAAGGGCUGCGGAACAGUGAGGUUUGACUGUCCUGAGAGUGCAGAGAAAGCCUGCCGGAUGAUGAAUGGAACCAAGAUCAAUGGCCGAGAGGUGGAUGUCCGUAUUGAUCGCAAUGCCUAGACUUUUUGUAAAAAUAGGCUCACAAAGUGAGCUCUAGUUUUGUUUUAAAAACACGAUUACUUCAUCUAACCUCACGUCCACUGUUUUCAUAUUGGUUUCUGUUAAUAUAUACUACAUAGUUCAUUUUCUCUUUUUUGUUUUGUAAACUUUUUUUUUAAAAUUGUCUGGCAGUUUGAUCAAAUAAACAUUUAAUUUUUAAACCC